AUGCAAGUCUUACGGUCCCUCGCGGUGGCCUGCUCUCUCGCUGCGGGCCUAGUAUCAAGCCAGACAAGCAACACGCAAUGUGUGAAGGGCCUCAAAAUCUUCGUCAGUCGUGGAACUGGCGAGCCGUUGGUUGAUGCCUUGAACAAGGAUACGACGCUCAUCUCAGAAACCGGCCUGGGCAACAACACGCGGGGUUUGGGCGAGACCGGAAAGCUCCUUAUGCCGGUUUUUGACAAGAUCCCCGAUUCCAACUACACGGCCAUUUUAUACACUGCCAGCAACGGGCGACGAGGAACCAACGAGUCAAACUACUUCGAAUCGGUGUUCAAUGGCACCGCGAUGGUUAGGAAGGCUAUGACGGACUAUGCCACGGCCUGUCCCAGCGGGAAGAUGGCCUGGAUAGGGUAUUCCCAGGGCGCACAAAUCAUCAGCAACAGCCUCUGCGGCAUGCCCGUCAUCUGGGCUCAGUUCAUGCCCAACCCUAGCAUUCCCGAGAUGAUAUCUUUCUCACAGCCUCUCCCCGCAAACGUCACCAAGAAUGUAAUCGCCACCCUUCUCCUCGGUGACCCUUCCCACAAGAACGGCACCAACUACAACUACGGCUCGCACAACCUGACUGGCGACGGCGUCUUCUACCGGGGCGACACGAGCGCCUGCGAGGCUCUGGGCAAGCGCAUCCGAUCGUACUGCGACGCUGGAGAUGUGUACUGCGACGUCGGUCCGGCCUACAGCGAUGCCCACGUCCGCUACGUCAAGGACCGCAAGGAGGAGCUCGUCAACUAUAUUGUCGAGCAGUGGAACAACGGCGGAGAGACCGGCGAGGUUUCGAAAACGAAAACGACGACUAGGAGCGGCGCGUCGCCCUCUACUACCGAGGAUGCUAGUAGCAAGGCACAUGGGCUUUCCAGCACUUCCAUCUUGGCCAUAAUUAUGUCUGUGGUUUUGGUUGUUCUGAUCUAG